UUUGAUCUUCCCUGUUCCUGUAUCCAGCCGCGCGCUGUCUUCCCGGCUUCUGUAGUGUGGGCGCUCGGCAUGACAGCCGGGUGCCCAGUGUGCAUGGGCGAGAAGCACUUGCGCUUUGUGAUUGGUCCGGCAGCUUCUGGGAUCUGUCAUGUGUCCCAGGUACCGCCUUACCAUUCACAAAAAGCACCGCUUCUUGCGCAUGCGCACUGGGCAACCCGCCUGUCAAGGCCAGCGCCCACACUACAGAAGCCGGGAAGACAGCGCGCCGCUGGAUAGAGGAACAGGUAAGGUCCCGCUGCAGAGCUGAGCGGCCAGCCCGGUAUUUUGACACGGCGGCGGUGGAAAAUACCGGACCAGCCGCUCCAUAUUCGCUCCAUAAGACGCACUGACAU